AUGGUCCGCAAUAUCAUUGUUCUCGGAGGCAACUCCCACCCGGAGCUCCUCAACAGUGUUUGCAACAACCUCGGGCUGAACCCAUGCGAGCGCAUUCUGUCAAAGUUCUCUGUUGGAGAGAGCCGCUGCGAGAUCAAGGACUCUGUGCGCGGCAAGGACGUCUUUAUCGUCCAGACUGCAUCUGGCAAUGUCAAUGACAACUUCAUGGACUUGUGCAUCAUGAUCUCUGCCUGCAAGACGGGCUCCGCCAAGAGAGUUACGGCUGUCAUGCCUCUGUUCCCCUACUCGAGACAACCCGAUGUCCCCUACAAGAAGGCCGGCGCACCUCUCUCAAAGCCAGCAGCAGGGACAUCUAAGAACUACACCUUUGAGAGUGUGCCUGCGACCCCGGGUCCUGGUAUUGCGCGCAGCAUGGGCCUCCCCAACGGCAUUGAUGGCAUUGCCUCAAAGCUGGCUAAGAGCAAGCUCAACGAGGAGCGAUCUAAUGGAAUGAACGGCGUCGACCAUUCCAAGACCAAUGGCAACGGUCGUAGCCACCACGACUCUGUAUCCUCUCAGGUCAGCUACACCAACCACGACAACGAGCAACAAAGCCGAAUCGAUGGCUUCCAGUCCAAGCCUGGAUACAAGCAGUGGGUUGCCCAAGCUGGCACACUGGUUGCUGACCUCCUGGCUUGCGCUGGCCAUUGCUACAACCCUCCCUGGAGCUUCCCAAAUGCUCUUUAUACCUGCAUCGCUUCAUUGCUUCUUUCUGAAGCAUAUGCUAAUGAUUGCAGGAUGGAUCUCCACGAUCCUCAGUACCAGGGCUUCUUCGAUGUGCCGGUCGAUAACUUGUACGGCAAGCCCCUCCUCAUGAGGUACAUCCGCCAGAACAUCCCCAACUAUAAGGAUGCUGUGGUUAUCAGUCCCGAUGCUGGUGGAGCCAAGCGCGCCACUGCCAUCGCUGAUGAGCUGGACAUGGCUUUCGCCCUGAUCCACAAGGAGCGACGCCCGACCAAGUACACCGAGCAACGCAAUGCCAGCAUGAUGCUGGUGGGCGAUGUCAAGGACAAGGUCUGCAUUCUCGUUGACGACCUCAUCGAUACCGGCAACACCAUUACGAGAGCUGCCAAGUUGCUCAAGAAGGAGGGUGCUACUCACAUCUAUGCUCUCUUGACGCACGGCAUUCUCAGUGGUGACGCCAUUCCGCGUAUCAACGCUUCUGCCAUCGACAAGAUGGUCGUGACCAACACCGUUCCUCAAAAGGACCACAUGCGCGCCUGCUCCAAACUCGAGUUUUUGGACGUCUCUCCGGUCUUUGCGGAGGCUAUCCGUCGUGUUCACCACGGCGAGUCGAUCAGCGUCCUUUUCCAGCACAACUAA